AUGGCUGGUUUUUUACACUCGUCUAAUUGGGAAAUUCCCAAGCGUUGACAAUGGUGGCUCAAGUGUCAACACCCGUUGUGGGGCUUGAAAGUUGUUUUAUGGUUCACAUUUCUACACACAUCAUAACUUAUUUUUUUAAUAUCUUGUUAUACAAUUUUGGGGGAUCAAUCUAGUCAUUUACAUUUUUUGGCUUCUCAAACUAUCAUUUAUUUGGCUAUAAAUCGUGCAAAAAAUGUCUGCACAGUUUGUAACCAUUGUAAUCAGCUUAUAUAGUUCAGCGGGGAUUUCUUUCAUAGCAAGAUGACCCAUAAAUUUUUCGUGUUUUACAUCUUGUUUACAUAUCAAUGGGCUCUAUCCUUCAGAAUUCAGUUACAAACUUCCUUCAUAAUGAGUGUGAUUGCCCAUUUGUGGUGAAUAUCGUGUUAAUUUCUUCUCGAUAUUGUUAUCAUCAUUCAGGCAGCCCGCUUCCGAAAAAACCCUGGGAACAGUCCGGAGCAUCAUCAGGUGCCAUGCCUUUCAAUCCUCCAUCGAAUGGCAGCACGAGUGAAAUCGUUGAGGCGUCUGGAACCGCAAGACCCGGCGAAGUUGUGUCUGGAACAGAGGGGAAUGCUGUCGUAAACAGAAACCCGAUCGGCAGGCCAGUUCCCUCAAGGCCCUGGUCAUCAAACUAUGGAAACACUCCUGGAGGUAAUUGCUGGUUCUUAUAAAAUGACCAGCAAGAUCAUCAUCUUCUUAGCACUCUCAUUUCAGAUUCAGUGAAGAAGUUCCUCUGUCCACAUGCAGGUUACGGCUCGUCGAUGAACUACAACGGUGUGGGUUAUGGCUCAGGAAUGUACGGAUCAUCUUAUGGGGGCUAUUCGGGGCAAAUGGGUGGAGGCAUGUAUGGAAAUACCAUGUACAGGGGGGGGGGUUACGGCGGGGCUUAUGGCGGUGCCGGCAUGUAUGGAGGAGGGGGCAUGUAUGGCGGUGGAUAUGGCGCCAGCCCAUAUGGCGGCGGCUAUGGGAUGCAGAUGGGAAUGGGAAUGGGAAUGGGCAUGGGGGGGGGCCCUGGAAGUCAGGAUCCCAACAGCCCGUUCGGCGGCCCUGCCUCGCCUCCCGGCUUCUGGAUGUCCCUCAUGAGAGUGGUAUGCCCCCCCCCCCCCUUGCCUCCAUCAUUCUUCUAUGGUUUUGAGGGCGAGAAUGAACAUGAAUUCUGACUUUUGCCCACUUCAUCUCCUCCGCAGAUGCACGGCGUGGUCGACUUCUUCGGCCGGAUCGCCUUCCUCAUUGAUCAGAACACCUUUGCUUUCCACGCAUUCAUGUCGGCCCUCCUCCAGGUUCGUCCUCCACCGCUGGACCCAUCUCCUCAGGGGUUGUUACCCGAUUCCUUAGAGGCCGUGUUGAUUCAAUGCAGCUCUUUGAUCGCUCCGGUAUGCUGUACGGGGAGCUCGCGAGAUUUGCGCUGAGGAUGCUCGGAAUCCGAACGAAGCCCAGGAAGGGGCUGCAGCAGGAGGGCCCCGGCGGCUUCCAGGGCCCUGCCGGGCCGCUGGCCAUCGAGGGCCCAAAGGCCGACGGCGGCGCCUGGGACGGCGUGUGGGGCGGAGGAGUCGGCAAUGGAAUGUAG